GGGGAAGGGAACGAAACAAAAAUAAAACAACAUAACAACAGGAGCAGUACAAUAGCAGUUGUCAUCGGAAGAGACUUUAACGUCAAGGUGUUUUGUUGAAAUUUUGUGUAUUUAAAAAUACAGUAAAAUGACUGUGAUUACAAAACCAAUUAGUGAGAAGAAAAUUGACAAACUUGAUCAACCUCUGGUUGUUGCGGAAUGCUUGCCCAACCAGGAUGUGGAGGGUGGUGCCGAGAGAGCUGGAGACUCACUACCACCACAGGAUCCUCGCUACCUGGUGCUGCGUGCACGCGCACGUCGGGCGUCCUCUGUCACUACUGCCUGUCUACUGUUGAUGGCCCUUCUUGUCAUGUGCUGCGGAGUCCUCGGCGGCUUCUACAUGUACAAGCAGUUCGCCCACUCCCAGAUGCAUCGACUUCGAGGCUGGUGCCGAAUCCCGUAUGGUCAAGGUGAACAGGGCGCUCUCUUUGGGGACUACGGCAAGUUCAUCCCUGAGUUUCCAGAGGUUCAAAACUCCAAGGCUGAUCAAUUCAUGAGAGAAGAAUUCGACAUCGAUGGAGACUCGUACAGCUACGAGAAGAUCUUCGUCCCCACCUUCAACGGCGGCAGGAGCAGCCGAUUCAUCCACGAUUUCAAUGCAAACAAGACUGGUAUCAUUGAUGUUGAAGCCCGCCGUUGUUACGUGAUGCCUCUGAACCGCAGCCAGGUGCUUCCGCCACGCGACCUCAUCGACCUUGUGCGCAAGAUGUGGCAGGGAUACUAUGAUGUGGACACCGAGACGGUGAAGGAGACCAUGCGUGUAGUGAUACCUCCGAUCACCGAGACUCGCUCUGUUGGAUUGUACAUAGAGCGUGAGUGUGCCGGCUUCCCCAUUUACAAACUGGAGAAAAUCGUAUCUGGAGUUUUCAAGAGGAGCAUCGAUGAGACAUCCCCCGUCACCUUCACCCACUUCUCCGGAAAAUACCUGAAACUUUCCAUCGUGAACGAGGACGAACUGAAGGACUUUGAGCGCGAGCACAGCCACACAUAGGAGAGUCAUCCGGAGCCAUAACAUAUAUGUUUAUGUAAAUUCAAGUUAACUUUGUAAUUGUACUCGAGUUUUAACCACCUAUUUCGCAUUUCAAUGUGCUACUUACAGGUAGAUAACUUUAUACACGACAAAAUAUCACCAUCAACCAUUUAAAAUUUUUAAGGUUUAUUGUCCUUGUUCGAAAUACAUUUGUCUUUUUAAGCUUAAGUUUUAUUUUUUAUAAUUUAUUAACGUAUUUAAGAUAGCGUAGUCGGUGUAUUUGUUGAGAUGAGUAUAUUAUUAGGCAACAAGUAAGCAUAAAUAUAUGUGUAUGAUUGAUGUACUGAAUAAAAUAUUUGUAAUGCAAUAAAUGUUAAUCGUAAGACA